CAUUUUUAUUUCGUAUCCGUUUACUUCAAACUAGUAAGAUAAAGUUUUUGAUAAGAAUGCGUCGAACUCAAUAACAUCACGUAUAUCGAUCACCUUGCGACCUAGGAGCAUUCUCAUAAAUAAAAUAAUUAGUUAUCAUGGGUGCGACGAACCAAAAUGUCUUAGAGCCUGUGUCGGGGACGAACGCGGUUAAAUUAUUUUUAAAGUGCAUAUUCCUAGGACUAUGGCAACUGGUGCAGUUUGCAGUGCGAAGGUUAUGGAAAGGGCACCGCAGAAAAUUUUCAAAGAAUUUUCCACCGGUCGAACUUACCGUAGACUCUUCGAUAGGCAUACAUUGUUAUAUCAAAGUUAUGGGAGUUAAAUAUCACUAUGUAGAAACUGGACCAAAGAAUGGUCAAGUAGUGCUGUUACUCGGUGACGCGCCGGACGCUGGCAACCUUUGGGUACCGUCGUGGUCUUCGGUGGUGCGACGCCUGGCGGAGACUGGACACCAUGUGGUCACAUUGGACCUGCGAGGGACAGGGGGUAGUGAGUGUGGCAACAGGAGAGACCUGUCUCCCCCGAGAGCUGUGGAAGAGCUGUCAGCCCUGUUAAAGGCUCUAGGGGUAUCUGCCAACAACCCAGCAAUAGUGAUUGGCUUUGGCAUUGGGGGUAUGUUAACUUGGUACCUGGCGCACUGCCGCGGCGCGCUGGUGCGGCGCUUCGUGGUGGUGGGCGCGCCGCACCCCAACCUGUACUGGCAGCACCCGCCCGCGCCCUUCUGUCAGGAUGCGCUCUACUUCAUACAGUGGCCCCACUUCCCCGAGCGGUGGCUGGCGGAGCGCGCGCUGGCGGAGGGCGGGGGCGCGGGCGGCGGGCUGCGCGCGCGCGACUGGAGCGGGGCACUCAACUAUGUGAGAGGCGGCGCGUGGUGGCGCAUCGCGGCGGGGCGGCGCGCGGAGGCGCCGGCGCUGCUGGUGGGGGCGCGCGCGGCGGCGGCGCAGCUGGUGGCGAGCGCGCAGCACUGUGCCCGGCCCGCGCUGCGCCUGCUGGCCGCGCCGCACCCCGCUGACCCCGACCUGCCCGCGCUGCUGCUCGACUUCCUCGCAGUACAGAAAGUGGAGGAGGUGAAGGGCACGGGCUUAGGCGGGCGCGGGCUGGUGGGGCGCGUGCUGGGCGCGGUGGCGGGGCGAAGCCGCGACCUCACCGCGCGCCUCGCCCUGCCCGCGCUGCCCGCCCUGCCUGCACUAUCUGCGCAGGCGUGACGCCGCACAACUACCCUCCACCCCACCCCCGCAUCGGAGACACAUCGUGGAUCCUCAUAAACAUAAAGUAAACAAAAUCUUCCUUUGUAAUUGUUACUUUAGCAUUGAAAUAGGUGCUAUCAUCUUCACAAUCUAGCUUGAGUUUUAGUGGAGUUGUGUUAAAAUAGUUCCUUUUCACUCUCUCAAUAAAUUGUAUUUUAAUGUUAAUUAUCUUUUAUAAAUUUUAUUAUUCAUUGUUAAAAUGUAUUCAUCUAUUUAAAUUGCAAUAUUUAAAUUAGUUUUAAGGUAAAAUGUCGUCUUCGAGAUCAUCGAAAUAGUUAACUAAAGUUCCUCUGUAGUUGUUUAAGUUGAUUUUUAAAAGUCUGAUGUUUAUAUUAUUUUUUCGACGGCCAAAGAUUGAAAAGGUUAAGCAUGUGUUUUUUAUCGAGAUUUAUAAUUUUAUAUUGUUUAUAUUGUGGUCAAUGAUUGAAUUGAAAUAAAAAUACGUUGUAAUGUG